CAAAGCGGGCUGCGAAGGCGAACGGGGUCCAGCAUUUCGGCGCUAUCGGAAGAUCCAAACUCUCAGAACCCAGAUUCAGAUUAUCUCAACACGUUGCAGUGUGAGACCAAUGAGCUUUCUAUCCAGAAGUCCAAAAAAUGGGGCUCGUCUUUCAAAGACGAAUUAGAGCGUGCCAGGGGGGACCAGGAUACAGUGCUCCGGGGCAGUCUUUUGGCACGAAGGUGGUCGGAACAGAAGAAGAUCAUCGGCUUCAGUCAGGUACAUCUCACGAGUCACUAUGGCGACCGUUCUGUGUGUUAG